GUUGGGCAGGCGGAGGGCGGGCGGCGGGGCUGCUGCUGCUCUGGGUCUGGGGGGUUGGCGCAGCACCAGGACCAGCAACAACAGCAACAACAGCAACAACAGCAGCACCAGGACCAGCAACAACAGCAACAACCGCAGCAGCAGCACCAGCACCAGCAGCGGUGCGGGGAAGGUGGGGACCCUAGCAGCAGCGGCAGCAGCAGCGGUGGGACCAGCAGGGAUGCUUGGGUGGCAGCGCACCAGCACCAGCAGCACCACCACCAGCAGCAACAAGAACAGUUGUUGUACGGCACCGCCCCCUCCUCUGCCUCCACCUCACCCGCCGCUGCCCCCGGCUCCUCUCGCGGGCCGCCCCCCCUCCUGCUCAGCUACCGGCGGCUGUCUAACUCGGUGCAGGACGCCUUUGCGGUGCUGGGUGCGGUGGAUGGUGAGGCGGGGGGAGGUGGUGGAGGAGGCAGUGGGUGUGGAGGCAAUGAGGAAGAAACAAAGUGUGUGACUGCGGCGGUCAGCGGCGAGGGUGGCAGCGGGGAGCAGGGGGCGGGGGAAGCAGGGUCGCCUUCGCUGGUGCUGCCGGCGCCGGAGGAGGAGGCGGUGGCGGCAGGGGCGGGUGGGGCGGGCGGCAGCAGCAGUAGCUGAUGGUCCGGGGAGGAGGCGGAGGAGGAGGAAGGGGCCUCCUCUGGGCUGGGCGUGUCGGGGUGCGUGGCUGUGGGGGGGGGCACUAGAUUAGCGGGGCCGCUGUGUAUACUGACCGCAACGGUCUUGUAGCGGUUGAGGUGGUGGUGGUGGUUGCACCGCUGGCGGGCAAGACAGCUUUCCCGAUGAGGAGCGAACUGGCUGCUGGGGGGGUGGGGGGCGGGUGGGUGGGGGGGGGGUCCGAGAGGUGCCCUGUGGCUCACGUACGGCAUGUAUGCAGGUGUGUCUGUAUUGGUGAGGGGGGGUGGUUACUCAUGCGCCAUGCGUCGCUUAUCUGCAACCGUGAUAAUGGGAUAUUCCAAAGGCAAUACAUGUUGGAGGGGGGUUCAAGAUGUUAAUGGGGGUUUUAACGAGGUGCUUGGGUGCACCGACUUGUAUUUCACGUGAUGAUGAUGCUGAUGAUGCUGAUGAUGAUUGUUUUAAGCGGUGACUCUGGCGGCGCAGAAAGAGGCGCAAUAGACACGAAUAGGCCUUUUAUUGUGAAAGUGCCGUGUUGGGGAAUCCAGCGCUCGAUUGGGUUUCCUGUCAUGGCAAAAGUGUGUUAAAGUGUAAACUGGCUUCUGUGAGUCGUAACGUGGGCGUGUGUGUAUACUGUGUAUGCCUGCGGGAUGGUGGGCCCACAUCUUGGAUGGCUGCACUGGAAACAUGGAAAGGCGCGCUUGCCAGGGUAAAGUAAUUAACACCAUGCGGGGGCACACAGCCCGUGCGUGGUGGCGAUUGGUACCUAGGAGCGGCUUUGUGGGCUGUGGGUGCAGUUUGCCGUCUAGUGUUGUUACUGUUGUUGUUACUUUUGUUUGCCACAACAGACCGCUCCUGAUGCUGCUUUGAAUGCAUGGAUGCAGCCGCAUCUGCGGCGGCGUGAUGUGGUAUGCAAAGGCAAAGAGUUAUACUUACUUUCCUUUUUCAUGUCAAUGAAGGAAUGAUCGUUAUUGUGGUGGGGGUGGAAAUGUGGAAAUGCGGGUGUGCUGCUAUAUGUGAUGAGCAAAUAAUAAUGUCCGAACGGAGCUAUAUGCUAUCCAGCACUCAGUAAUUGAUGUGCCUGACAGAAUAAAAGGUGGUGGAUUUGGAGGAUUCACAGGAUUGUGGUUUAUGGUGGACGGUGGAGGCGGCAGGACAAAUGGGGUGAGUGGUAGGGUAAACGGCGGAGGCAGCAUCCUUGCAUCCGUGGGUUUUGAUGGCUCGGCAAAAGCCAUAUCCGCGAUGUUCUCAUUCCUCGAAUUACCCCAGCAGCCUUCCUAAGUAUCUGAGAAGCUUGUGUGUAAGCGGACCUUACAUGAGGAUGAUGAUUGAGAGGAGAAGGC